AUGGAAGAAGACAUUGAAAGUCAACGCCGUUUACUCGUACCAGGCAACGCAAAGAGGCCGAACUGGAAGGAAGUUUUUAAGAUCAUUAAGAAGGACGACGCAAACAAGCUUCGGAAGCUGCUGGAUCACGAGACGCUGGAGCUGGUGGCGCUGCCCCAAGAGUUAAAGGACCACAAGACGGCGCUUCAUGCGGCUGUUGAGAGUACCGCCUCGGAGUGCCUGACGGUCCUGCUGGAAGCACGCUCCGGCCUGGACGUCCUAGACUCGCCAGACAACGACGGCAACACGCCUCUACAUGCAGCGGUGGAAGGUCUUAAUUGUGAUGCUAUCACUAAACUUAUUAAGGCAGGAGCUAAUGUCAACCUACGCAAUGAUCAGGGAAAUUCCCCCCUCCACCUGCUGGCUUAUGCGGCAGAAACCGCUGCGAAAGGAGGAGGGUUGUGUAGUGCGGAGGCCACUGCUGCGAGUGGAGGGGAAUCAGGCAGUGCGGAGGCCACUGCUGCGAAUGGAGGGAAAUCAGGCAGUGCGGAGGCCACUGCUGCGAGUGGAGGGGAAUUGGGUAGUGCGGAGGCCACUGCUGCGAGUGGAGGAGAAUCGGGCAGUGAGGAGGCCACUGAUGCUGCAUUUAUCGAGAACUUCGAUAAAUGCGUUGAUGCUUUGCUCGAGUGUCCAAGUUUGGACAUGGACGCUUUGAAUUACAGUAAGUUCACUCCCUUGCGAGCCGCAGCAGAGCAAAUGCCCAGUAAGACAGGUUCUUUGAAAUCGUUUUGCCAGAAGCUGGUGAAGAAAGGAGCAAAUAUCGACGAACACACACGAUCAAUUUUAGUUGAGGAUGGCCUUCCGAACAGUCCGGAUGAGGCCACAACUUUGCUACAGCCUCAAACCGCGACUGCAAAACUUCUCAACCUACUUAUAGACAACCAAUCUGAAGGAAUUGCUGACUUGUUUAGUGGGGUGAGUGCCUCGCAGGAAGUUCGUGCGGCGGCCAACUGCUACCUCGGGUCGAAGAAAGUCUUAUGUUACCUUGUUGACCGCUGCAGCGAGACGGGAGUGAGGGCGCUACUUCAGGCUGGGGCCGACCCUUGGUCCACCAACAUGAACGGCGAGCUUGCCCUCCACAGUGCACUGGCUAGUGGGCACUUGGCUAUCGUGAACCUCCUCAUAAAUGAGAUGAAAAAGAAGAAAAAUAGUAAUCGCAUUGACCUGCGGCACAAAAGUUUUUCUCUACUGCAAAAAGCGCUGAAAAAUAGCAGAGAUGUUGAUAAAACUGCCACGAAAUCCUAUAAUCCAAAUAAAUAUAAAUGCCUGAACCGAUUGUUUGAAGACGACGUUUUAAUAGAUGUUAGUCAAAAAGAAGAAGGAACCGACAUGAAACAAACGGCUCUCCACAUUGCCGGUAAAAUGAACAACCAAGACGCCAUGACGAUUCUUCUUGAACAUGGAGCGUUUCUCGGCGAGCAUCAAAUGAUCGGCGAGCAAGACAAUGGAACAGUUCUUAAUGCUUUAAUCGCCAAGACACUCGAGGAAACCAUGGAUAAUUGCAUCAAGGUUCCUUCCCAAACCAUUGAAAAAAAUGAUACAUUGGAUCCCGAGCGGAAGGAUAGGAUUCUUGAAGAAGAUACACUGGAUCUCAAUUACACUCUUGAGAUGAACUACCAGUUCCUAAUGAGCCCCACCCACAACCAGCCCACUGAAGUUCAGCAGCUCGAGAACGAAGUUUCGCUGCUAUACGACAUCAGUCAAAGCCACGAACAUCGCAACUGCAUCAAACAUCCACUCAUACAAACUCUCAUUUACGCCAAAUGGGCGAACGUAUUCAUAAUCACAUUGUUCAACCUGAAUUUUAUUCACAUUUUGCUUUUUUCAUUGUUAUUGACGAUAUUCAUGGUAACCAUUUCUGAAGUGGACAGGCUAACCUUACGUUUGCUUGAAAACUUGGCUUCGUCAAGCAACUCCACAGAAACCCAGCUUCUGGAGGAAGAAAUUCUGCAGUAUCAAAGUGCCCUCACUGUCAUCAAGCAUCUUGUCCUCAUAAUCACAGUCUUCAUGAUGGUUAAGGAACUUUUCCUGAUCGCGUUCAGGUGUAAAAGUUACAUUCGGUGUAUAGAGAACUACUUGGAAUGGUUUUUGAUCAUCGUAUCGCUGGUGGUCUGCUUGGUACCAAUGUCGGCGACCGCUACUCGACACAUCGAGGCCUGGGUGCACAUCGCCGUAUGUUAUAUUGCGCUGCUAGCGUUCGGCCGCUUGCCGUUGUUCGACGUCUACGUCGCGAUGCUGCACCUCGUGUCCUGGAACUUCCUGAAGCUCAUCUUGUUCUUCAUGUUACCCAUCAUGGCGUUCACUUUUGGCUUCGGCAGCAUUCUGCAGCCUGACGACGUUGCGCAG